AUGGCGCUAGCGCGUCUGAAGGUAGAGCAGUUGAAGAUUCGGCAACAAUUUGAGAUCCCGGAACAGCAAGUUAGGAGGAAAAGGAAAUUAGCAGAAGCAGAAAUGGAAGCUAAUAUGGCGGUGGUCUCCCAUGAAAUAUUCCAGGAAAACGAGGGUAAUAUGUCAGAGAGUAAGGAGCUAGGAAAAUACAUUUCACCGUAUGAUGUACAGGACACUAAUGAGCCCAUUGAGCUAGUUUUAAUGAAGGAGAAGGAGAGUAAACAAAGUUACAAAAGCGAAAGACAAUCAUGUGAAGUUCUAGCCGAAAGGGGAUUCCAGCACAAGGGAUUUAGAAAUGCGAGCGAAAUACAUGAAUCGAACA